UCGGGGAACAACAACGAUCCUCCUAGGCAGCAAUUUCGGUCGCCAUCUGUGUGUAGGGGUGCCUCCGCUCGCCCCCAGUGGAUGCAGUCUCUGUUUCCCUUGUCUGCCGGUUCGAGUGCAGGUCGUCGUGUUGGCGAGUGUAGGGAGACGGCGCCUGUCGUUGCUGAUGUUGGUGACGCACGUGACGGAAGGGAGGUGUGGGCAGAACAGCGACGGUUGAUGAGGUCGGUGCGGGAGGAGUCCAUAACUCGGGGGGUGCAGCGAUUGCGUGUUGGGGAAGACGGGCACGACGGCGAGGAAGCAGGGGUGGACGCGCACGACCCCGACUGGAACGACAACGGCGCUGAAGGUUGGGAGGACGACGCAGGCAACAUUUCGUCGUCGAAGCAGGCAGCCGCUAUGGGAGGGAGGGGCGGGAAGACGAAGUCGUGUGGCGGUAAUGGUCGUCGGGGCAAAAGGACGGCUGGCAAGGGCAGCGAUGCCGAAGGUGACGUCGAUGGUGAAGGAGGUCGUCACUUCUGGUCCGUCGACGACAUUAUAGCCCUCAUCCGGGCUAAAUGUGAUCAGGAUGCGCAUUUGCAGGGGAUGGGCCACGCGUACGCUUGGAUGAAGCCGCGAGAAUGGAAGUGGCUGGAUGUGGCGACGAGGUUGAAGAAGGUGGGCGUCGACAAAGAGGCCGAUCGGUGCGGGAAGAAGUGGGACAAUCUGAUGCAGCAGUUCAAGAAGGUUCAUCAUUUCCAAGGACUGUCCAGGAAACAGGGCUUCUUCCAAUUGUCUGGGAAGGACAGGAUGUCGAAGGGCUUCAGUUUCAAUAUGGAUCGUGCGGUUUACGAUGAGAUACUGGGGUCGACCGCCAAGAACCACACCAUAAACCCGAAGAACGUCGCGGACACUGGCGCUCAGGGUGGUGUGCGUCUGCCGUCCGCCUCCAACGCGGAUCCUGAAUCUGUGGGCAACGGGGACGGUGGUGCAGAGCACGAUGACGACGACGACGGGUCCACCAAAGGUUCUUCGCAGACGACGGUGGCGCAGGCGGUUUCGGCAAGAGGAAGAGCACAAGGCAGCAAACAUUUGAGGCAAUGACGGAGUGCAUGGAGAAGCACGGGGCGUUAAUGGCGUCAACGA